GAGCCCCGAGCGGCGCCGGUGACGUCGUGGGGGCGGCGGCCAAUCGGAGGCGCGGGGCGGGGCGGCGCGGCGGACUCGGCGGCGGUUCCGCUCCCGGUCCCGGUGCGGCCAUGGCCCAACACGGCGGCCCCGCGGUGCUCCCGGAUAACCCCUUCCAGGACCCCGCCGUGGUGCAGCACCGGCCCGGCCCCGACAGCGCGGCGCUGGACGCCUAUAAUCCCUUCGAAAGCGGCGCGCCGCCGCCGCCGUACCGCGCUCCGCCCGAAACUGCGCCUCCGCCGCCGGCGGGAACCGCGCAGCCCCCGAGGAGACCGAGCCCAACCGAGCCGCGGAACUACGGCUCCUACGGGACGCAGGCCUCGGCUGCCGCAGCCACGGCCGAGCUGCUGAAACGGCAGGAGGAACUGAACCGGAAGGCGGAGGAAUUGGACCGGAGGGAGCGGGAGCUGCAGAACGCGGCCCUGGGGGGCGGCGCCGCCCGAGCCAACAAUUGGCCCCCCCUGCCCUCCUGCUGCCCGGUGAAGCCGUGUUUCUAUCAGGACAUCCCCGUGGAGAUCCCCGCUGACUUCCAGAAGACGGUCACUGCCAUGUAUUACCUCUGGAUGGCCAGCACCGUCGCUCUGCUCCUCAACUUCUUGUCCUCGCUGGCCUGGUUCUGCGUGGAUCCCUCCUCAGGUUCUGGUUUCGGUCUCUCCAUCCUCUGGGCUCUGCUUUACACGCCCUGCUCCUUCGUCUGCUGGUACCGGCCCAUGUACAAAGCGUUCAGGAGCGACAGCUCAUUCAAUUUCUUCGUCUUCUUCUUCGUCUUCUUUGCCCAGAACGUGAUGUACGUCCUGCAGGCAAUCGGGAUCCCAAACUGGGGGUUCAGCGGUUGGAUCGUGAGUCUGAUGGCCGUGCGGGUGAACAGAGCCGUGGCGGUGAUGAUGAUCCUGGUGUCUUUGCUGUUCACAGCGCAGGCAACGUUGGGUAUCGUCAUGUUGAAAAGGAUCCACUCUCUGUACCGCCGGACGGGCGCCAGCUUCCAGAAGGCCCAGGAGGAAUUCGCCGCCGGGGUUUUUUCCAACCAAGCCGUUCGCACGGCGGCAGCCAACGCGGCUGCGGGCGCCGCCACCAGCACCUUCAGAGCGCCGUAAGCGAGGCGCUGCCGUGGCUUCUGCCCUCAGCGGGGCGAAAUCCGAGGUUUGCACUUUCGUUGGACCCCCCCCCCCCUUCCUUCCAUCCCCUCCCCCCCCCCCCCGGCCCUCCAGGAGCCGCGGCUUUGGGAGCCAGGCGUCUCUGCUCUUCUCUCCUCCCUUUGCAGGCUGUGCUGCGGCCCCUUCCCUCUGGGGGGGUGGAGGAGGGGGGCGCUGCUGCCUUCCAGCACUGCUGGCUGGGAUUCUUCCCCCCCCCCUGCGCCCCCCCCUCCAUCCCCACAGCCCCCAAGAUGUGAGAUCCCAGAAAUGGCUGUUGCCCGUUCUCUCUGUUACACACAAAUCCCCUUUUUUCCUCUCCCUUCCCAUUGCUGCCCAUUCUUGGAACCCACGCAGCCCUGGGGGGGGGGGUGGGGGAUCUUUGAGUUCCUUCCCUUUGCAGUGGGACCCCCGGGGCUGGCUUUGCCCAUUGGAGGGGGGCUGCACAGGAAGCCCCCCCCUUCGCCCCCCCCCCCCCAAAUUCCCUGCCCUCUCGUUUUUGGUGGUGCUGGGCUGCGCCCGCUCUGAUGCCUCCCUUCUGUGUUUCCCUUUCCUUCAUUGCGUUCUGCCGUGGGGCAGCAGCUCCUCCCCCCCCCCCCCUUGUGACCCCCUGUGCUCCACGUCCUGUUUCUGAGCCCCCCCCCCCCACCUGUGGGGGUCGGAGGGGGGGGCACUGAGCCGUUCCCUGCGUGCCCCUCACCCCCCCUCUGUUGCCACCUAUGGGGUGGCAGCAUUUUGGGGGAGGGGGGGGCUGUGAGUUAUGCUUUCAGCAUCUCUUGGCUGCGGGGUGGGGGG